AUGAGUUGGAACUACAGAUUCACUAUACAGUAUUCAGGACGGAUUCUACCAUCGUCCUACAAUAUAUACGGAAUGAAUCUAGAAGAUUCCAGACGUUUAUGGCUAAUAGAUUGCCAUUGAUUCACGAGAUCUCAACACCUAACCAAUGGAGACACGUUCCCUCGGAAUGGAUCCUGCAGAUUCAGCGUCUCGUGGGUUGGAGAUGAGUGAUUCAAAGAAACUUCAGCAGUGGCUUAACAGACCCUCGUUUUUGUGGGAAGCCGAAUGUUUCUGGCCAGAGCAACCUGCUGACUUGAUUGAAUUGGCUGAUGAUGACGAAGAGUUGAAGAAGAAGUCCUUCAAUAUACACUCUGUUACAGAUCAUGAUGGUGUUUAUAGUUUGUUGAACCAAUUUUCCAUUUGGACGAAACUUCAAACCUCGAUUGUCUGGUUUCUUCGUUUCAAUACAUUUAUACUUGCUGCGCUUAAAAGCUCGAGAUCAAGAAAUAUAACUCGUGGACCACUUAGAGUUCACGAACUACGUCACACCACACAUGAAAUUGUUCGUGUGGUUCAAGAAUUGGCAUUUGCCAAGGAACUAGAACUUAUUCGGACUGGGAAAGGCGACAGCUUGGGUAAAGUUCUUCGAUGUACAGGUUAUUUAAGUCCGUUGAGAAAGCUUAAUCCGAUUAUUGUUGAUGUUAUCCUGAGAGUUGGUGGUCGUUUACAGAGAGCCUCAAUUGGUUACAACGCUUCUCAUCCAGUGAUUCUACCUCAGAAACAUCCAGUGACCCAGUUGAUAAUUAACCACUACCAUUAG